AUGGAAGGGCUCAUGAAGAAAUACGGCAUCAUACAUAAAGUUGCCACAGCCUAUCACCCCCAAACGAACGGCCAAGCCAAGGUUUCCAAUCGGGAAAUCAAGCAUGUAUUGGAAAGGAUUGUGAAGCCUAGUAGGAAAGAUUGGAGUGCCAAGCUUACCGACGCACUUUGGGCAUAUCGAACGGCAUACAAGACGCCGAUUGGCAUUAGCCCCUUCCGGUUGGUGUAUGGUAAAGCUUGCCACUUACCGGUAGAAAUUGAACACAAAGCAUAUUGGGACAUCAAGGAAUGCAAUCUAAUUUUGGGUAGGGCCGGAGUUGAGAGGAAGCUUUAA